AUCUUGGCCAUUCAUUCAUUUUCUAAGGUCCAUGUUAAGAUGUUGUUUGGUUUAUAUUUUUUGUAUAACAAUGUAAUGUUCGCGUAUAUUGGUUUUUGUUGACAUUUUAUUUCGAGUUUAUGCGCUUAAUUUUGGUUUAUGAAGCUUCGAAAAAGUGAAAAUUUCCUAUCUGAGACAAAAUAGUGAGAGGUGCUCAAAGAAAAAAUGCAGUGAUGGCGGUAAAAGAAAAAAUACAUGAAUAAAAAUGCUCAAGAAAAACGAAGUUUUGAAAGUUUUUGCGAGAUUCACCUUUCGAAUAAAUUGCUAAAAAACUAAAACUUCUUUGCGAUAUUAGGUCCAGUUGCCAAUACAAAAAACAAUAAGCAUUUAAGGGGCGAUAACUGCAGCUGCAACAAUGAUAUGUUGAUGGUUCAAAUACCACCAUUGUCUUGGUCGCACCCAUUUUUAGUAGCUGAGCGUUUGUUUUAAUUUUGUAUUUUUAGCCGUCACGUAAAUUACGAAGUUACGGUAUUUUUGUGUUAAAUUUGAAACUUGUGAUGUGCUUUAAAGUGAAGGUAAAAAUGGUGUAAAUAUAUCCAGACUUUGGCUUUGCUUGCCAAAUAAAUCCAUUUGCAGUUCCUGCCAAAAAAGUGAUGGCCAAAACAACGACUUCAUUCCUUUUAUUUUGAUUUUAAGAAAAAAAUCGCACACCCUUCCAUUACAUGAAUUAUACAGCAGUUCGCUAAAAGAGAAUCUGUUAAUGUAUGUUUUGCAAAAAAAGUAAAGAAAAGUUAAAAAAAAAAAUAUAAUGUAUAACAAAUAUAUCCAGCGAAAGUGCUAUAGAUAUGUAAUUCUGCCGAAGAAAAAACAUUUCUCAAUGUUUUCAACGUUUUAUUACAAAUUUCACUGCAUCAUUGGCUUGCUGUUACUGCCUCUUAUAACAGCAGAUGACAAUUGCCAGCAUUUUCAUCCCAAAGCACAUGAGGUCGUCCAUGGCGUCCGCAUUGAGAUGGCCGAUGCGCCACAUCCACAUGAAGGCACUCACAGCCUGCAAAAACGCAGUACUGUUGUCGCUAAGCAACCGCUGCGAAUUCUACUCUUCUACGAUGAGUCUGUUUUCAGAUUAGAUGAAGACAAAUUCGAGUUAAUCAAUAACACAGUAUUACCAGAGGCUGUACAAUUUUGGGAACAAGCGCUGAUGGUGCGCGAAACAAAGGGUAUAAUUAGGCUUAACAGAAAAUGUAAUAGCACACAGGUGUUUGUGAAAAACGGUCUGACGCAUUGUAUCGACAACUGUAAAACGGUGACAAUGUGUGGCGAAGUUGAAGUGCCGAAAGAGCAUUUAGAUGUUUGUCGCGUAUGCAAUGCGACAGGACAAAAUUGCCGCGCUGACGAGUCCACACAGGCGGGUGAAGGCAUUGAAAAUGCAGAUUUUAUAUUCUAUGUAUCGGCACGUCAAACGGAGCGCUGUCACAAAGGACUGACGGUUGCGUAUGCGGCGCAUUGCCAACAGGAGGCACAUUUAGAUCGGCCAAUUGCAGGUCAUGCAAAUUUGUGUCCAGAGAGUAUAAGCACAAAGCCACAGGAAUUGCAGACUCUAUUAUCGACCGUGAAACAUGAAAUUCUCCAUGCACUUGGCUUCUCGGUGAGCCUCUAUGCGUUCUUUCGCGAUGAUGAAGGUCGUCCGCGAACGCCACGUAAGCCGGAUACGGGCAAACCGUAUUUAAAUGAAAAAUUACAAAUUCACCAGUGGAGUAAUGAGACCAUACGGAAGGUGGAACGUCCAAAAUGGUCCGUGCGUGGUGGACAUGUUCGUAAAACGUUGGAUAUGAUGGUGACACCGCGUGUUGUGGCCGAAGUGCGCGAACAUUUCAAUUGUCCGGAACUGGAGGGUGCAGAAUUGGAGGAUCAAGGCGGUGAAGGUACGGCUUUAACGCACUGGGAAAAGCGAAUUUUGGAGAAUGAGGCAAUGACGGGGACGCACACACAAUCGGCAGUUUUUUCGCGUAUUACGCUGGCUUUGAUGGAAGAUUCCGGUUGGUAUCGCGCCAAUUACAGUAUGGCAUCACCACUCUCUUGGGGUAAAGGUUUGGGUUGUAAUUUCGUAAUGCGAAGUUGUAAAGACUGGAUACAAGGAAAUAAUGGCAGUACGAGCGAUGAAAGCGAGAAUUGGCUGCGAGGACGGUCAAUUCAUCCAUUCUGCUCGAAAGUGAAACAGGAUCCGCUACAAACUGAAUGCACCGAUGAUCGUAAUUCGGUGGCGCUGUGCAAUCUGAUACGCCAUGAUUACGAGUUACCCAAGAAAUAUCAGAAUUUCGACAGCUUAAGUCACGUCAAAAGCGGCGAAGAAGGCUAUUAUGGUGGAUCUGUAUCAUUGGCAGAUCAUUGCCCCUAUAUACAGGAGUUCACGUGGCGCAAUAAAAAUGUUAUUGUGCGCGGCUCACAUUGCCGCUUUGUCGAGAAUAAUCCCAAGCCUGAAAAGAAUUUCGCACUGGAGAGCUAUGGCAUCGGUUCGAAAUGCUUUUAUCACAGCGAUUUCAUGUGGGAAGAGCGAUCGUGUCACCAGACACGCGAGUGGCAGCAUUGGGGUUCAGGCUGCUACAAAUACAACUGCUCCGAUGGACGACUUCAUAUAUUGGUGGCCAAUUACACCUACACUUGCUUUUAUCCUGGCCAAACACUUUCAAUACGCAUCAAUGCCAAUGAUUGGCUGCAUCGUGGCGCCAUAAUUUGUCCGUCAUGUAAUGAACUUUGUGGUGAAUACUUUGCCGAACGGGAAGAGCAAUGUCGUAUGCGUGAGGAAGCGCCACCUGCUAAUAAGUAUCCACGCGAUACGCUAACCUGCGCAGCGUGUGUGCGGAUGCCUCGCAGCCAAAUAUUUAUGCUUGUUGCCAUAAUUAUUGCAUUUAGAGAGCGGCAUGCGUUGAUUUUGCAUGGUUAACUCGAGGGGUGGAAAAAGCUUAUCCGUGUUGUUUGAUUUGCUUUACUCGGGGUAAUGAAACGCAAUGUCCUCGUUUUUAAAACGUUUGUAUGUAUAAUAUAGUGUGUACAGCAACUGUGUAUCCUCAGUUAAAAAUAAGCACACAUUUUAUCAAUUUAUUUUAAGUGUACCAAGUAUAGGAAGCUAAAGUUCUGCUUUAGUUAGUAGUUAGUUUAAUGUUAUGAAGUGUAUAACAUAUAGAGGGUCAAAAGCCAAGUAAGCCAACCAGGUUUAAGUAAACAAAAAAAUUCUAAUUGAUUUAGAAUGAUAAAGAAAAAAAGACAUAAGCUAAACAGAAACAAAAGAAAAAAAAACAAGGUCAGCAUUGUAAUAAAAUAAAGACUGAGAUCACCAUACUAGGUACUCAAAAAACAAUUUUUGGCCGUCUAUUGGCGAUUAAUAACCGAAAAAAAAAUGUAAUUAGUUUAUUUGUUUUUGAAGCAAAACAUAUACAUAUCUGUGAACUAAGAUUUUAGUAGUUUUGCUUUUGUAUUAAAAAGGCCUUAUAAAGGGUCUUUCAAAAGACGCGUCUAUAAAACAUGUAAACAUUUAGGUUUUAGAGGUUUCACUAUUUUUAAUCAAACUGUCGCACAGUUUUUAGAUUUCACAGAUUUUAGAUUUCUUUAUUUCUCGUCUUUAUUCUACUUAAGAUCUAUAAAAAUUUACUUAUAUUGUAGUUGAGCUGCAAACUAGCGAUCGUUGGCUGUCAUCGAACAGUAAACUUAUUAAACUUAUGGCCUCUUCAGUGUUCCCACUACAACAUCAUUUAAAUGUCCACCAUGUGCAUAUCUGCAGUCAAAAUUUAAAUAUUUCAAGGACUCAUUCACACAUCAUCGCAUUGAGAUCAACAAUCUCGAUCCGAAUGUUGUAUUUCAGCUUUGGAAUCGUUGUUGGCGCUUAUUCACACAGACUUUACAUUUCAAACAGCCCCAGUCUGGUCCGCCAGUCCGUUUUUUAUCCUCGACAAAACCAGUUUCUUGGAAUUUUUUUUACCAAUCUUUGGCCCGCAAUUGUCGAUCCAUUUUGGACGAUGAUUUCCAUCAAAAAAUCACGAAUUCCGCGUAAUGCCACUAGGCGUUACUUUUGAAAGACCCUUUACUUCAUAUACAAAUUUUCAACUUGUUGUCAACUUUAUUAAGAUGAAUUCUUAAGCUACAAAUGUUAUUGGUUAAUAAUUUAUAUAUUAAAUGAAAUAGAGUAAUUUAGCACUUUACAGUUAGAAAGCCCAUAUACUAAGUGUUAAAAGUCCACAGAUAUGCAUAGGCAUCCGAUGAAAGUAUAAAUUUCUCCGCGAUUAUUUCAGCGCCGAUUUAUUAAAAUAAGUCACUAUUAAUUCACACGAUAUUAUCACAUUUCUAUAGGUGUCUGAAUAACAAAAACAUAACAGUAAAACCUUUUCCAGAGGUCAAACGGAAAAUAUUAUUUACGUAAUUUAAAAAUAAGGAUUCUAAAACAAAAGGCGUCAAAUGAAAGUAUAAACUGGCAAAACUAAAUUUAGUAGUUGGUAUGCCUACAUUUCCUCUGAAUUACUGUUUUGGCAUACUUCGAACAAGGUUUCAUCAAAUUUCCGAUGGGAAAUUAGGUCAUUGGCCCAUCAUCUCUAAGAUAAAUUACUCCAAGUCUGCUGUUUGGUAUGUUGGAGUUAACACAAAACUGACCACAAACGCUUAAUCGGAUUUCAAUCUGGCGGUUGAGCUGGUCAGUUCAGCUUUGCGAUGGAGUUUCCUUAAAAAAAAACUAGUAGGAAGGCGGACGCGUGUUUGAGGUCGUUUUCUUGUUGGAAGAUAUACAUUUUGUCUGCGCUUUUUGCCAAAUUUUCGUUGAGAACGUCAACAUAACCAUCUGCUGUCAUUAUUUUAUCUAUAUUUACCAAAUUACCCACACCAAACUUUGAGAAAUAACUUCAAACCAUAAGAGGCCCGCCUCCGUGGUUUACUGUUGAUUGUACCCACUUUGGUUUCAAGCGAUCCAAAGGUUUACACCAUACUCGUUUACGUUCUUUUGAGUUCCUCAGCUUGACUCAUCCGACCAAAUUACUUUGUCCCAAAAUGCGGUGGGCAUGUUAACAUACUGUUUCGCAAUCUGAAGUUUUUGGUCCUGUUUGUAAUGGAAAUCAGAGGUCGUUUUUUUAAACCAAAUGCGCCUAGUUUUCCCUGCACUGUACUGGCGGAAACAUCCAAAUACAAACUUUCGGUCAAUUCGCUUGAUGAAAUUUCAGGGUUUUCUGUAACUUUUCUUCGCAUGAUAUUCAACAUGUAUCGAAAUUUUUGGUUUUGUACCUACUCCAUACUUCCGACUUCCACGCAUUGCUUUUCUUAAAGUUUUCAAAAACUUGCCUUGUCUCUCCAAUCGAAAUGGAGUAUUUCUUAGAUUUUUUUGCUAAUAUUUCACUCAAGAGACGGACCUCUUCAAUUUACCGCAUUUUUCACUUAGAAUAGAACAAAGGUGAAACAAUUCACUUAGUCAAUGCAAAUUCAGUAAAACCUGAAGUAAAGCUUUGUUUUAACUUGUUAGAAAUCAACACAAACUAAAAUUAUACUUUCAUAAGACGCGCGCGUUCAGCUAACCUGCACAGACUAAUCUUUUAUACUUUCAUUUGAUGCCUAGUGUUUGUACCUAUGCCCAAUAGGUGCGCUGAUUGCAGCUUAAUUAUACCUUAACGUAUUCGAUUUGCUAAUAUUCAACUGAAUGAUUUGUUUACUUGCAUCCCUUUUUGCAUUAUGCAACGUGAUUCUAUGAUUAAUUGUAUGUUUACAUGAAAUCUCUAAUUUUUUCUAUGGCUUGUGAAUUUGGAGCAACUUUCCAUUAAAUAAUAUACAAAUAUUUUUGUGAUAAAAAGGCAAUUAAGCAAUACUACCAAAUUGAGAUUAGGAGGUUUAAGCCCAACUAUAAAUUGGAAUAAGUUAACUAUUGACACAAUUAUGCUAUAAUGAUAAACUGUACUCUGUAAUUAAGCGAGUGUGUUCGGUAUGGAAUUAUAUGGUAAUAUCAAUAAUGCAACCUACGUAGGCUUAGGCUGAACUUGUAACAAUUUAUGUUUUUUUGCGUGCAAAUCGACGGAUCUGCUGCCUCCGAACAACAUUUUUUUUAAGAGUUUUAAGAGUUUCAUUUACGAAGUGGAGAUCGAACAUACGAGCUUCGCAUUACUAGCUAUUAUGCCACGCAUAGGCAUACUUGGCUACAAACUUAGACAAUAAAUUCCUUUUUUUAUUUUUUUA